AUGAUCUUUCCCUCUCUAUCUCAGUUUGUUAAGAUCUAUCUAUCUAUCUAUCUAUCUAUCUAUCUAUCUAUCUAUCUAUCUAUCUAUCACAUUUAUCAUAAGCCAUCUUUCUUUCUUUCUUUAUUUAUUUUACGGCUCGAUUGUUCGGUCAUAAGCCAUCUUUCUUUCUUUUUUUCUUUCUUUCUUUCUUUAUUUAUUUUACUGCUCGAUUGUUCGGUCAUAAACCGUCUUUCCACCUUUCUUUCUUUCUUUCUUUCUUUCUUUAUUUUACUGCUCGAUUGUUCGGUCAUCAACCGUCUUUCUUUUUUGUCUUUCUUUUUUGUCUUUCUUUCUUUCUUUCUUUCUUUCUUUCUUUCUUUUACUGCUCGAUUUUUCGGUCAUAAGCCACCUUUCUUUCUUUCUUUCUUUCUUUCUUUCUUUCUUUAUUUAUUUAUUUUACUGCUCGAUUGUUCGGCCAUAAGCCGUCUUUCUUUUUUGUCUUUCUUUCUUUCUUUCUUUCUUUCUUUUUUUUACUGCUCGAUUGUUCGCCACCUUUCUUUCUUUCUUUCUUUCUUUCUUUCUUUUACUGCUCGAUUGUUCGGUCAUAAGCCAUCUUUCUUUCUUUAUUUAUUUAUUUUACUGCUCGAUUGUUCGGUCAUAAACCGUCUUUCUUUUUUGUCUUUCUUUCUUUCUUUCUUUCUUUCUUUCUUUCUUUCUUUAUUUAUUUAUUUUACUGCUCGAUUGUUCGAAACCGUCUUUUUUAUCUUUCUUUCUUUCUUUCUUUCUUUCUUUCUUCCUUUCAUUCAUUCAUUCAUUCGUUCUUUCUUUCUUUAUUUGACUCCGUCUUUCUUCCUUUCUUUCUUUCAUUUGCUGUUUGAUUGUUCGAUCAGAAACCGUCUUUUUUUUAUCUUUCUUUCAUUCAUUCAUUCGUUCUUUCUUUCUUUGACUGUUCGAUUUUUCGGUCAUAAACGUUGUAUUUUUUCUUUUUGUCUUUCUUUCUUUCUUUUCUUUCUUUCUUUCUUUCUUUCUUUAGCUGCUCGAUUGAAGGUCAUAAGCCGUCUUUCUUUUUUCUUUCUUUCUUUCUUUCUUUCUUUCUUUUCUUUCUUUCUUUCUUUGGUUGAUCGGUUGUUCGAUCGUUACCCUUCUUUGUUUUAUCUUUCUUUUUUCUUUCUUUCUUUGGCCAUAGGCCUUCUUUGUUUUUUCUUUCUUUCUUUCUUUCUUUCUUUCUUUCUUUCUUUCUUUCUUGCUUUGUUUUUCCAUCUUCUUUCUUUCUUUCUUUCUUUCUUUCUUUCUUUCUUUCUUUCUCCACCUCUUCUCCUGUUCGUUUUUAUUCCUUUUUUUUUUAUGCUCUUUAUCUUACACUCUCUAAUUCCCAGUUUCAACACUUUUUCUUCAAAACACAACAUUCCCUUUCUAUCUACCUCUCUUUCUCUUUUAUAA